AUGUCAUUACCUCCGUGGAGAAGAGUCGACAACCCUCAUUAUAGAACGACUCAACACGAGGACGCGUAUCAACAGUCCUCAAUUCCUCUUCCCCCCGGAUUAGACAGAGAUUAUCAGUGGAGCGGGAAUGCAAAUUACCCACCUCCCGGACUUAUACGCGCCACAAUGCCUAAGGCUAUAAGCGAGAUUGAGUACUUAAGAGAACGGAGGGGCCGGUCAGUUAUUCUCGACAACUCUGACAUAUCUUUAUUUGGCGAUCUAGCCGAAUAUUUAGAGUCGGGGUAUGAUAUGCAUGGAAAUCAUAUCAUGUGUGACCUUACAUGUGUCAUAUGUUGCGGGAAUAAGCUCGAGAUGCCUACGUGUGUCAGCCCGCCACGGACUCCUGAAGAAGAUGCUAAAACGGAGCCUUUAUGUGUUCUCCCAUGUGGUCACUUUUUUGGCGCUUAUUGUAUAGAGAAAUGGAUCUCAACAUGCCGCGACGAAGACAGGUGCUCCGACUGCCCUGUAUGCCGAUUCCCCCUACUUUAUGAAUACUGUGGCCAUGAGGUAAAGUUAAGGCAUCAUGAUCCGCGCUUCCGCCGCCCAGGCCAGCUCCCUCUUACUAUACCAGAGGGGGGUUGUGUACCUGCUUAUUGUAGAUGGUGCCGAGUUGACUAUGUCAAAGAUCUAGCACAUCAAAUGGCACAAGUAGUGUACCCUAAAGAUGUUCCCGAGAGCGCGUUCUUUAGCCCAAGGAGUUUCGGUCCUAGCGACUUUAGUGAGCUGAGAGGCAUCAUACGAUCUAAUAUGCUUAGUGCAUUCUAUCACGCAGAAGAUGCCUUUGAUCAUUGGUAA